AUGGGGUUUCGCAUCACGACGUGGAAUGUUAACGGCAUUCGGAACCCAUUCUCCUACGAGCCAUGGAGAGGGAAUCGCACCUUCGAGUCUAUGUUCGAUAUCCUCGAAUCAGACAUCGUGGUCUUCCAGGAAACCAAAAUCCAGCGAAAAGAUCUCCGGGAUGACAUGGUUCUAGUCCCGGGAUGGGAUUGCUACUUCAGCCUGCCCAGAAUCAAGAAGGGCGAGUGCCUCUGCAAUGCUUCUCGGCGAAAGCUAACCCCUGGCAGGAUAUUCUGGAGUUCUGAGGAAGGCCUCUUCGGUCUUCUAUGCCCUCCCAAUUCAUCAACGCCUUUCCGUGAUCUGCCAGAGGACCAGCAGAUUGGCGGAUAUCCGACUCUCGAACAGCUCAGAAGGCCGGCUAUCGUCUCCGAAGAUUGCGAUUCAGAUGAUGAAGAGGACGAGAACACGACACCUGAUGGACCAAUUGACCCAGCAAUCCUGGAUUCUGAAGGACGGAGCGUGGUCCUCGAAUUCCCCGCCUUUGUGCUGAUCGGACUAUACUGCCCCGCAAAUCGUGAUGAGAAACGCGAUCCUUUCCGGCUCGGUUUUCUCAAUGCCUUGGAUGCUCGGGUUCGGAACUUGGUCGCCAUGGGGAAGCGGGUGUUCGUGACGGGCGACAUCAACAUCGCCAAGCAAGUCAUUGACUCCGCACAUGCGCUGGAAGCCAUUCGCAAAAGCACUGCUACCGAAGAAGAUUACAUUUCUGCCCCAUCUCGGAGGCUGUUUAACCAAUUGCUAUCUGAUGGGAAAGUUGUUGGGCCUCGCGAUGAAGGCAGAGAGCAGCCUGUUAUGCACGAUAUAUGCAGGUCCUUCCACCCCAGCCGCGCUGGAAUGUAUACUUGUUGGGACACACGGCUCAACACUCGACCGGGCAAUUUUGGUGCGAGAAUUGACUAUGUGCUGUGCAGCCUGGACAUGAAGGACUGGUUCGCGGACUCGAACAUCCAAGAGGGUUUGAUGGGCUCGGAUCAUUGCCCCGUUUACGCUAUCUUCAAAGACCACGUUCCUUGCGAUGGACGCAUGGUCCACAUUCGAGAUAUUAUGAACCCCCCAGGAGCGUUCAAAGAUGGCGAGCGUCAGCAGACAUAUUCGUCCCAGUGGAUGCUAUCAGGAUCAGGACGCCUGUUGCCCGAGUUUGACGUCGACAAGCGCCGUAACAUCAAGGACAUGUUCGCUCGCAAGCCACCCCCCAGCCUAUCUCGCUCUCCUUCCACUGCCAGUGCCGUUGAAAAGACAACCGUGACUCUGGAUACAGAAUCCAUCUCAUCACCAACGCCCACCCCCAGCGACGUACCCAAACACCCACCACCCACUUCCAGCCAGAGCCAGAACUCGAAUACCCUCUCUCGCAAACGAUCCCAGCCCCUCCCUGCGACGUCUACCAAACGCUCAAAGCCCGCGACCACACCAUCCGGAGCGUCGGCUUCUGCUGCGGGCCAGAAGACGCUCAAGGGCUUCUUCAAGCCGAAACCGGUUGCUGGCGGCACAUCCGCUCAACCUGCUACACACUCGCCAACGUCCAGUACCCGACCCAGCUACGACGGCACAUCAUCAUCUGCUAGUAGCAUUGCCGGUCCAGCUUCCAUAACUAGCCAAGUAGGAAAGACAUCCCACCCUCUCGAAUCGACUGCCGAUACCCUCCUCUCCGCAGCAGCGACCCCCUCCACACAGUCGUCGCCCAGCAAGCCCCAGACUGACACCUUCAUCGACCCCAUCGUCAGCAAAGAAGACUGGUCGAAGCUCUUUACCAAGAAACCUGUCCCUCGUUGUGACAGUCAUCAGGAACCAUGCGUCAGUCUGACUACAAAGAAGCCGGGCAUGAACCGCGGCCGAGCAUUUUGGAUCUGUCCACGGCCUCUGGGUCCCAGCGGCGCAAAGGAGAAGGGAACACAGUGGCGGUGUCCAACGUUCAUCUGGGCCAGCGAUUGGAACUCGGCUUCACAGGGAGAGGGACAGUAA